AUGAGCGUACCCACCAUAAUUCAACUGCGAGCGUGGACCGACCAAGCCCGAUGCGCCUUGCAGAAGACACCAUCUCGUGUCGCACUUCUCGGACUAUAUGUUGCUUUCAUUAUCUUCUUGAAAUCCCUAUACUUGUGGGCGCCGCAGUAUGACUUAGAAUGGAGACUAAACAAUCUUCAAGUGCUGGUUGUCGACUAUGAUGGUGGCCUUUUGGGUCUCCAGCUCAAUACUACAUACCAGACGCUCAGUGGGCCGACGUUUCCUCACUUUACCUUUUCUACGCAGCACGAUUUCGAGACGGAGGACGAGAUUUUCCAUGCGGUGAAGAGACAAUCUUACUGGGGCGCGAUCUACACACGUCCCAAUGCGAGUUCGCGGAUUGCAGCAACUACCAACGAACCAUUCAAUGUCGAGCAGGGCCUCGGAGAAGCGAAUCUGGUAUAUGUCUGGAACGAAGCCAACUACCCUACGGUAGGCUCCUGGAUCAGAAACUCACUGAAACAAGCCAGCGAAGACAUCCGGCUUAACUUCGUCUUGUCGCGGACGUUUGCCGCUCUUCCAGUGGGCGAUGAUAUUUCCACGCAGACGGUGCAGGCUACACUGGGAGCGGUCUCCAACGUGCUGCAACCACUCGAGAUGACAGCCUGCGCGGGGAAGGCUCUUGGUCAAGCAGCCUUCAAUCAUCUGGCGAUGAUAGCGCUCUCGACCGGAAGCGAGGCCUUCUUGCAAAUCUUCGCACGUACCAUCGUCAGAUCUUCUAAAAUUCGGGGCCAUGUCAAAUUUCGACUCUACUGCGUCGCAGGCACGUUUUUCUCCUGCUUCCUCGGUCUGGCGAUGACGGCUUCUCCGUGGGUUGUUCGCGGCCGAGCAGGAUCGAAUCUUGGUGGUCGAGAAUUUUUUCUGAGCUGGAUGGCACUCUGGGCAGGCAGCAUCACCAUAUACGCCGUCUCAUGCGCUCUGCGCACCUGGGCUCAAGGGCCUUUGUCGACGAAACCACUUACGAUGAUCUGGAUGGCCAUGAAUGCAGCCAGUGCAUUUGUCCCGAUCGAGAUCUCUCCCACUAUCUUCCGGUGUAACUGGAUCCUGCCAGGCCAUGCGGUGUACCGGCUACUGGUGACAGUGUGGUGUCGCGCCGGCACCUGGGAGACUGCUAUAGUAGUGCCUGUGCUCGCAUUCUGGUUUGGUCUGGGUACGUUUUGCACUUGGUGGGGAAUGACAAAAGGGGAAAAGGAAGUUUAA